CCUCCCUCUUGGUACCACUUCUUGAUCUUCAAGGUUCGCCAUACGUAGACAAUUUUAUAUACCACGACUCUAGGCUCUGCACAAUUCCUCGGUCUGCCAACUAUGGCCGACUCGAAAGUAGCGCCAGGUGCGACACCACCGCCGCUCUCCUCGAUACCCAUACCCCUACGGCCCCGCAAGUCCUCUACUGGUCAGACGAUUCUCUUCGCUCUGUGGUUCAAUAUCUGCAUCUUCCUACUUCACACCAUACAAUGGCUUGGCCAACCUCUGCGCUUUUUCCCUUCAACAAAAUCCAGGUACCACUCUCUGAUUGAGUGGACCAAGGGGGCUUUUGGCAAAGUGCUCGUCUCCAUGACGCAAUUCUUCGCUCCCUCGGAUCUCAUUGUCAGCUUCCGCGAUGCAGAGGGAAAUCUCAUAGACCCACAUCAGUUUGCAGAGCUCGACGAGGAAGGAUUCGUGAGGAAGCUCAACCUGCCGAAGAGGAGCAUCUGGAUCUCCAACCACCAAGUCUACACCGACUGGCUAUACCUAUGGAUCCUAGCGUAUUUCUGCAACUUUGAGGAGAGCAUCAUCAUCAUCAUGAAAGAGAGUCUGAAGUGGGUCCCUAUUGUUGGCAUUGCCAUGCAAUUUUUCGACUUCAUUUUCCUCGCCCGAGCUUGGGCGAAAGACAAGAUCACCCUCUCACGGCAAUUGACAAAGCUCGCCCAGAAUUCACAUAUGCGAUCAAAUCCGCUGAUGCUCCUCAUCUACCCAGAAGGCACACUGGUGUCCAAGCUGACGCGACCUUUGUCGAAGAAGUACGCCGACAAGAUGGGCAUCGAGGAUUGCAGGAAUCUGCUCCUACCGAGGAGUACUGGUCUGAUCUACUGUGCGCGGACAUUGAAGAAGGAAAUUGAGGAUCUCAAAGUAGUAGACGUCACCAUUGGCUACCCAGGCAUUCCGGUCGAUGGCUACGGUCAGUCAUACUACACCCUGCAGACUAUCUACAUGCAAGGUGUACCGCCUCCGGCUGUACACAUCUCAAUCACCCUUCGGUCCAUAUCAGCCAAAGGUUCUGCUGCCGAUGGGUCGACGAUGCCCAUUGGUGACAUCACUGCUGGCACUCCAAAGCCAGCCUUGACAAGCGAUGCCGGUGUAGCUGGAGAAGCAGAGAAGGCGCGAGAGGAGGACACUGAGAUCACAGACGAGGCAAACGAUGAGGAGCGUGACAUCUUUGAAGCUUGGCUACUAGAGAGGUGGAGGGAGAAGGACCGCCUCAUGGACGAAUUCUACGAGAAUGGCGACUUCCUCCAGGGCCGCUUCUCGGGGGACGAGUCCGCUGCUGGAGGCUACUACCGCGAGCCGAAGAUGCUCGAUGCGAAGCGAGAGCAAGGAGACGGCAAGAAGUACUAUCUGACAGUCAAGACGCGAGUCAAGACGUUGGCGCACAUUGGAGACUGUCUGGGAUGGUUCAUUCCAGUCAUUCUUGGCUGGAUGCUAUGGAAGCUGACUAGCUUUGGCGGAAGUGCGCCGACAAGCACUGGCGCGUCAGUGGCGAGCACGCUUGCGAGUACGGUGCGGACAGUCGUCUCGAGUACGGCUUCAUCAGCUGCAGAGCUGUGAUCACCUCUACGAUCGCUUGUGUUAUUCUCCCGAAAAUGGGUCUUUCUCUAUGCCUGUGUUGCCGUAUACCCCCUCUCUUUCUCCACAUCGGGAGUGUAGCAACGUUCUCUUCACGACCUCUUUCCUCCCUUCUCGCAUUUCCACUCAAAGGCUUGUCAAUCAGUAACAUCACAUCACAGCGCAUUUUGGCCCAAGUUUUUCGCAAGCCAGUAACAUCACCAUCUGAAUACAUCCGGCGACGGAGUCGUUCUCUACGCCAAAAGCGCCA